AUGGUGUCUUUCAAGUUAUGGCCUCGCAGUCGCAGUGCCAACGAUGAUUUUCGUUCCGCAGAUGAGAAGGCUCUGGUGCGCCGUCUGGAUAUCUUCCUGAUGACUUUCGGUUGUCUCUCACAGGUUAUCAAAUAUCUCGAUCAACAGAAUAUCAACAAUGCAUACGUCUCGGGCAUGAUGGAGGAUUUGAAUUUACACGGCAACGAGCUCAACUUAUUCACGACCUAUUUCAAUGUCGCCUACUGUAUUAUGCUCAUCCCGUCGCAGAUCAUCCUCACUUAUGUGCGACCGAGUUAUUGGCUUCCGGGGCUGGAGAUCAUCUGGGGUGUGUUGACGGGCCUGAUCGCUAUGACCAGCAAUGCGAAGCAGGUAUACGUGAUUCGUGUCUUCCUCGGUCUAUGCGAAAGUAGCGCAUGGCCCGGAAUGAUGACACUAUUCAUGUACUGGUAUACGCCAACAGAAUUAGCCAAGCGAAUGGGCUUUUACCACUCCUGCCAAGCAGUUGGUCAAAUGCUGUCGGGUGCCAUGCAAGCAGCCAUCUCUGACACCCUGAACGGGCAUGGCGGACUGGCCGGCUGGCGCUGGCUGUUCGUGAUCAACGCGGUCAUCACGGUUGUGUGGGGCUUCGCUGGAUUCUUCAUGAUCCCCGAUCUGCCCAAUCGACCAAACCCGCGCGCCUUUUGGUUCAAAAAGGUGCAUGGCGAACUGUCGCUUGAGCGACUCGCUCGCAACGGACGCGCCGAGCCUAAGCGCAUGACCUGGGCCGGUGUUAAGCGCACGUUCUCUGGAUGGGUUGUAUACUUCAUUUCGAUCCUCUAUAUUGCGACUGUCCUUGGAACAUAUGGAUAUGUCUACUUCUCCCUAUUCUUAAAGUCGCUCAAGAACCCAGAUGGAACGCCCAGAUGGACGGUGUCGCAGGUGAAUGCCAUUCCUAUCGGCGGCUCGGCGAUAAACGUCGUUUUCGUUUGGAUUUGGGCUUUGUUGUCGGAUUAUCUGAAGACUCGCUGGACAUUGAUUGUGCUCCAGGCUGUUAUUGGAAUUAUUCCCUGCAUCAUUAUGAGUAUCUGGACAACACACCCGGACACCGUUGCCCUUUCGGCUGCCUAUGCAUCCUACUUCAUCUCUUAUGUCUGUCUAGGGACCGCACCCCUCAUCUUUGCGUGGCUGUCAGAUCUCAUUCCUCAGGAUCCGGAAGCCCGGUCGCUUGCUGUUGGUGUUGCAGUGGCUGGGUACUACUCCAUUUCUGCAUGGUCGCAGGUUCUCGUCUGGCCUGCCUCCCAAGCUCCAUUCUACAAAUAUGGAUGGCAGUCUGCUCUUGCUCUCCUCGUACUGGUCAUUAUUAUGACGUGUAUUCUGCGCUUCGUCGAUGUGCGGUACUUGUUGCCUCAGCGUGAGGAAUUCCGCGCCGUUCUGGAAGAUGAUAUUUCGGCUGGUAAAGCUACUUCAUCGGCAGUUAUUGAUCAGGAUAGCGCAAGUCAGCGGAAAGGCGGGCCUUCGAAGACUGUUCAUGUUACAACGGUAGAUGAAGUCUAG